AUGAGCAACCACAACAACUUUCUGAAACUAUUUGGAUGUUGUCUCGAGUUUAGGUUCCUGGUCUUUGUGUUUGAAUAUGCAGAACUUGGAGUUCUGAAUUGGCAAGGAGAUGCCAUGGUCAACGGGGAGGAUGCUGUAUUGCCAUGGAGUGUACGGUUGAAGAUAGCAAAGGAGAUUGCAAAUGCUGUGACGUAUCUUCACACGGCCUUCCCUAAGAUCAUCAUACACAGACACAUUAAGGUAACAAACAUUUUCUUGGACAAGAAUUGGACCACAAAGCUGUCAGAUUUCUCGCUUGCCAUAACGCUCCCUGAGGGAGAAUCAAGAAUAGAAGUUGAAGGCGUUCAAGGAACAUUAGGGUACCUAGAUCCAUUAUAUAACAGCACGAGGGUAUUCUUAGCAAUGUGA